GUUAGCUAGCCGUAGUUAUAUAGCUUUUUGACCGUUCACAGUGCUCUGAUUGGGACUUGUUGCAAUCAGUAGUGCAUAAAUACUGACGUUGUUUGGAAGCGGUUUGCUGAAAUGGAUGUUUUAAGAGAAGAGGGGGUCCACGAGCUGAAAUACAAACCAGGUGGCCGCUUGGAUAUGAGCCACGGCUUCCUGCACCAUAUCCGGAGGAACCAGAUUGCUAGAGAUGACUAUGAUAAAGAAGUGAAGCAAGCCAAAGAGCUUCAGCGGCGGAGACACACCACAACCCCUCGAAGACCCCGUCGACCUGACAUGCAAGUGUACCAUCCUCGAAGAAGACAUGGUUCAGAGCCAGGGGCCGGUGCUGAUGCUGAAGAAAACGAGAGUGGAUCAAGCACAGAGACUGACGCCAGUGGGACUGAACUCUUUUGGCUUGAAUAUGAAGCAGAUUCUGGUACCAUUACAUCCAUCCUUGUGCACAAGGAGGACAAGCCUGAGAGGGUGGUAGAACGUGUUGCAGAGAAGAACAUCCUGGAUGCAGCCAUGAGGGCAGCUCUGAAGGUUCGAAUUCGAAAGGAAAUUGAUAAAAGGCGAGACAAACGCUGAGCAAUCGACAGAUUACGACCAUAAAGGAGCUCCACGCAAAGAGGAGUAAUGCUUCGUUUGCAGUUCUGCACUCCUCCAGAGCACUCUUGUGCGUUAAGGGUAUAAGAAGGAUCAUUUAGAGUGACUGUCAGCAGAGAUCUAACAUGGUGACUUGUAUUCAGGCCAUUUUUUAAUUUUUUUUGCAAGAAGGAAGAGCACAGUUUAUGGCUGGGAGUUGUUUUCAGGUUUAAUUGCAAUUCUUGACCUUGGACAGUUGUGUUAUUCUCUGAUUCACAUAUUGAGGACACAUUUAAGUUGACUGGACAUUUUUAAAAUUGUUACUUUUUUAAUAGUUACAUUUACAAGGAGCAGGUACUCUUAAGCACAGAGUCCUAAAAGCGUUGUCCUCCAUGUCCUGUGAUUCUUGUGUUUACAAAGAUUCUGUUUUGUUAAAUUAAGAUUUGAACUCUUUGUGCGAAGUGUUUUAAGCUGAUCAUCGGUCUGUCAGCAAUCCUGUGUUUAAGAAAUGAGGGAAAUUAGUUUUGAAGUCCGAGUUUAGUAGAUGUAGGGUUGGUAACUGUUCUGUAGGUUUCAGUGCUCUGAUUUAUUUUGGAUUGUUGAGAGGCUUAUUUUUGAUACUGUAAUAUCUUUUUGAGGAUGACACUUUACAUAUAAAAUGUAUAAAAGCCAUACAUUGCUGUCCAGUUUUAUGGUGCUGAGCACCACUUUUUUUUUUUCUUAUCAUCUUAUAUGACAGAGAUUCUGAUUUUAAAUAUGAAUAUAAUACUGGAACAUAGAAAAAUACGGCAUCAGGUUGAUUUGACAAAUGUUUCACAUCACAUUUUCAGCAGGUGGCAGCAUCAGUCAUGCAACCACGCAGACCUCUGCUGUAGUUUUCCUCCUGUUUAAAUCAGGUUUUACUCUGUACUUCUGUAAAAAUAAUGCAUUUUUCUACAGAGACCUACUAAACAGUUUAGUUUCCAUAAAAAGGGGCACUUUGAAUUAUUCUAAUAUUUCCCCUCUUUUGACUAAAAUACUUUGAAGAACUGAGGGGCUAUGAAGAAUUAGGUGGCAAGUUGCUGUACAUGGAGUAGCACCUUAGGUUUGUAUCCAUUUCAGGAUCUUUGUGCACUUGAGUCAGAGCUUCUGUCCUCUGCUUUCUCAGAAAUCUCAUCUCAUUGGGGCUGCUUGUCCAACAAUAUAUAGCCUCCUAUACACAGGAAAAACUCUUAAUUUGUAGAGUUCAGAUUUCAAGUGGCAGUUUUAUAUUUUGCUAUGCUGAGCUCUAAAAUAUGAACUUGAGUUUUUUGUGACAAAGCAGAUGUUCAUCUUGUGACCAAAAGGAGUGAUUUAGUUUGUGUGAAGUUGUACCUGUUCUCAUAUUAUUUAAGCAAUUGUGAUUUUUGUUUAACUUUUUUCCCACUGUUAUGUCAUUUCUUUCCCCACCUUUUUACCUGGAGCAGUAGUUUAUGAUUUGUUUUUCUACUUUGACUUAACCAAGCAAGCUGGAACUCGCUAGUGAUGUAUUGUGAAAAUGCCUCAAGUCAAAUUCCUAUGAUUCGUAAAACCCCACCUGACGGCUACGACAGGAUUCAUUUUAAAACGGAUGUCUGUCAGUUAUUCAAGAAAACGAGGAAAAAAAGGUCCGUCCCCCUAAAAGGCCGAUGGCAUGCACAUGUUAAAAUGUCUGUCUCCUAUCAAACUCGAAAGUGAAAAUGGGAAGCUCCACUUCCCUGGCUAUGGAAAAAUACAAAACUGACUUGACAUUUAGACAGAUAAACUGGUGAGCCACGCCAUAGUGGGAGAUUAAUACAUUGUUUUUAUUGACGUAUGAAGAUAUGCAAACUUCAUCCUCUGAUCACAGGGCGGGCCAAAUAUUACACAAAGCCUUGUCAAGGAGGAGUGGGCUCCGCAAAUUGAUUGGCUGAACAGAUACACUCCCCUUCAGGCUGUCAACGCCCUCCUCCAGCUUGCUUUCAUUUCUUAAGCAGCAUGUGACUGAAGGAGGGAGACACAUUCCCAGGGUAGCUACUCUGCUGCUCAGCAGAUUAUCUAAAGUUACAGAUUUCCAGUUGGCUGAAAUGGCCCAAUCACAGCUCACAAUUCAAUACCCGACCCUUAGUGUAGCUUAUCAUUAAAAAUUAUGUAACUCAUAACCUUUUCUUCCGUACAUUACCUCUGCCUGUGAAAAGCUUUUAAGGGGUGGAAUUAUGCAAUUUAGCAAAGCACCAAUUGGUUAGCCAUUGUGGUAAACAGCACUGGUUAGACUCUUUUCCCAUCUACUGCCGUAUUAUUUAAAAAAAAAAAAAAAAAAAGACACGAAAAAUCCAGAAACCAUAAACAUACAGUUUCUAUUUGCAAGAAUGUGCAAGUUGUUUUUAUUUUUUACAUACAGUAGAUGUUCAUACACUCCACUAACAAACGUACUGACCCAAUGUCAAAAUCAGCCAGCCAUUGAGCUUCUCUACUAUCAGGGCCUACAUCACAUUGUUUGUCUUGACUUAUUUACUGAAGUACUAAACACUUGAACUGAAAUAUUGUAAACAAGAGCACUAUUGUCAAACCUAGCAUCCAAUAUCUGACCCCUCAAUGUUUGGGGAGUUUAGAGUUCUGUUUACUUUGCCGGCUAAAUCAUUACAGCGAGACCCUCGAGCCACAUCACCUGACCAUGUGUCUGAAUUUCUCUUCUUUUUUUUCUUGCUUUUGAUGUUCUUGUAACUAAAUAGAAAUCUAACUUUAUAACAUUGUAUAGUGUAAUAAAACGCAUCUUGAAAUUUGUAAUGAGAUCAGCAUUUGAGGUUUAGCAUUUGGCUUGGGAACUUUUCUCAACCAAAUGGAGCAGUCUCGGAGACGAAUGUUACAUAACAGAUCAGAGAAUUUAGGCUGGGUUAGGCACAGUGACAACCUGAGAUUAAUCUCACCCUCAUAACACUUUGAAAGAACUUCCAACCACCCCCAAAAACACAAUUGCAUAACUUUGGAACCGACAAUGACUCAGUUUGAUUCACAGUUACCUUGUUAUCUGCUGUACCUUUGUAACUGCACUUUGUCAGUAUAAGAUACUGCGAAGAUAACCUGUCUUUCUAAACAGCCAAAUCGUGUAAUACAUACUGUGACAAAAAAAACUACUAGCUGACGAUGCAUUUUCGUUUUAAAAACAAAUGUGUUACAAAAGCCUCAUCUUUAAAUGUGUAACUGAAAAACAAAGCACUCUUGGGUUCCCUUGUGGUUUGCGAGUUCACAUUUUAUUUCGCCCUUUGUUAACGGUUUAAAGCUAAAUUAAGGCGAACAUCUUGUGCAGAAAAGUUAGAGGAGGAAGUCCAGUUUUCUGCAAAAGUACAGUAGAGCAACAGCAAACACAUACAGAUAUUGUAUCAGCUGUCAUCUAAUCCUGACAGUGAAUGCCAGUGACCUCAACUAAACAGCUGACCUGCCUCUGCCCUUCUCACUAUGACUGUAUUCCGCUUGCAGCCUGCUUAAGUCGACCACCAAUAAAAGGCUAAAGCUUUAUCAGCACGUUGCUACAUAAGAAAAAAAAGAUCUGCUUAGUGUGUGUGUGGUGCAAUGUUCUUGAAAAACAAGCUUCCAAGCCUUUUUCCUUUAAUUAGUGCUCAGUGCUUUUCAGUUGCAACAGCCUCUGUUGGUGCCAUGGUACCGUUACCGUGGUGAGUCUUCUUGCCCAUUCAAGGCUGUGCAAGUAUGAGCUCGCCUUUACUAACAUUCGGUUAAAUAUAGAUGCUUGGCUGUCGAGCGCAGUAGUGGAAAUGCACAGCUGCUGCAGUACGACCAGUAACCACAAUUUGGGUCCAAGAAGUCUAGUGAUGUUACUCAAGUAGCAGAACUUGACUGUAACUGUAUGUGCAAGGCUAAAUUUCAGAGUCAAGAAGUACAUCCAGUCCUCCGUAAAAGGGAAAGGGAGAGGUUCCUAGAAGUUAUUUCCAGUAAGGCUUCUCUUGCUCAGCAAAUAGUAAUUCUCAGUUUAAGUUUGACCUUUGCAGUAGAGGCUUAUUAGAAUAACUGCUUUUAGAUUUAAAUGCUACAAAAUUAAUACGCUCACACCCAACUUCAUUAGGUAUACCUGUUCAGCUCCUCAUUAACUAAAAUUACUUAUUUUCCCACACAACCAUGUCUAGAGUUUACAGAGACUGAUCUGUAAAAGGAAAAAUAUCCAGUGAGCAGCAAAUUCCUUGUUGAUACCAGAGGUCAGGGGAGAAUGGGAAGACUGCUUCAAGUUGAUAGGAAGGCAACAAUAAAUCAAAUAACCACUAGUUACAACAAAGGUACACAGAAGAGCAUCUCUUGAAGCACAUGGGCUACAGGAGCAGAAGACCGCACUGGGUGCUACUUCUGUUACGAACAGGAAAAUGAGGCUAUAAAUUACACACACUUACCAAAACUGGACAAUAGGAGAUCAGGAAAAUGUUGACCAAGAUAUGAGCUCGAUGAGUCUCGAUUUCUGCUGCAACAUUCAAAAGGCAUGGUCAGAAUUCAAUGUAACAACAUGACAGCAUGGAUCCAUCCUGCCUGUAUAAGUGGUUCAGGCUGGUGGUGGUGGUGUAAUGGUGUGGGCGUAUUUUCUUUAUUUUCUUGGCACAGUCUGUGUCCCUUAGUACCAACUGAGGCCUACCUGAGUAUUGUUGCUGACCAUAUCUAUCCUUUUAUGACCAUAGUGUCCCCAUCUUCUGAUCGCUGCUUUCACCAGGAUAACGUGCCAUCUCACAAAGCUCAGAUCAUCUCAGGAGAUUAAGCAGGUCAUCUACUAACCAAAAAGUUGGUGCUUCAAUCCCUGGCUGACAGUCAUACCAAAGUAUCCUUGGGAAAGAUGCUCAACUCCAAGUUGCGGUCCAUCAUGGGAGUGUGAAUGUGUGUGAAUGAACUAGAAAGCAAAUAAAAACUGAUUGUUUGAAUGAGGGAUGUCGUAGUAUAUAGUGCGUAGUAGAGUAGAAAAGCUCCAUAC